AUGCGCGCGCGCAUGUGACAUCAUUGAUGGGAUUGGCUCGCCCUGACUGGAGUGGAGAGUCUCUUUCUACAGGCUGCACAGAGACGAGAGGAGAGGAGAGGAGAGUUUCCAUCCCCAUCCAGCAGCCACAGGAGCUCAGCGCAUCAGAGGACAUCUCCACAGGGGGACACCGUGGACACCCACAACAAAGUGUCCAAGUGAUGGAAGAAGAUAAGUUAUAGUUUUACAUGUUGAAGCAAGAUGAAGUUCGGAAAGAGCAUCUGCGUGCUGAACGUGGGAGGAACCCGGUACGCCUUCACCAGAGACGUGAUCAAGGAUUUCCCUCUCCGGCGCGUGAGCCGCCUGCAUGCCUGCGCGAGCGAGAAAGAGGCUCUAGAACUCUGCGACGACUACGACCGAGACCGGAACGAGUUCUUCUUCGACCGCCACGCGCAGGCGUUCGUCUUCAUCAUGCUGUACGUGCGCUCCGGUAAACUCCGGUUCGUGCCCGGAGUGUGCGAGCUGUCCUUCUACACUGAGAUGCUCUACUGGGGUUUGGAGAGCGUGCACUUGGACACGUGUUGCCAGAAGCGCCUGGACGACAGGAUAUCCGAGAUCGGACUGGAUGAUCUGUCCGAGGUGGACAUCAUCGUGGACGAGUCCCGGCAGAGCUCGGUGGUGGAGCCGGUGCACCAGAAUGCGCUCACCGGACGCGCCAAAUGGAUGGAGAAGACGCGCAUGACCUUCGAGGAGCCCAACUCGUCGCUUUUGGCGCAGCUUGUGGCGUCUGUGUCUGUGAUCUUUGUGCUGGUUUCCAUGAUCAUGCUGUGUGCGAGCACGCUGCCGGACUGGGACACUGCCAAGAGGAAUAUUGUGGAGGAGCACAAGAUAGUGGAGACAGUGUGUAUCGGCUGGUUCACUGCAGAGUGCAUGAUGCGCUUUCUGGUGGCCAGAAGCAAGUGGGAGUUCCUCCGCCGGCCGCUGAACAUCAUCGACGUGAUCGCCAUCACUCCUUACUACAUCACCAUGGCGUUGGCCCGGGCGGGGAUGCCGGGCGCCGGGCUCGGGGUCGCCGGGGUCAUACUGCGGGUGCUGAGGAUGUUGCGAGUGUUCUGGCUCAUGAAGCUGGCCAGGCACUUCCUGGGCCUGCAGACGCUGGGGCUGACGCUCACGCGCUGCUACCGGGAGAUGGUCAUGCUGAUGGUGUUUGUCUUCGUCGCCAUGGCGAUAUACAGCGCUUUGGCCCAGCUGCUGGAGCACGGCUUGGACUUGGGAGUGAAGAACCCGGAUUACGCCAGCAUCCCGGCGGCCGCCUGGUGGGUCAUCAUCUCCAUGACUACGGUGGGGUACGGGGACGUGUACCCCGUGACAGUUGGGGGACGGGUGCUCGGGGGGAUGUGCGUAGUGAGCGGCAUUGUUCUCUUGGCGCUGCCCAUCACGUUCAUCUACCACAGUUUUGUACAGUGCUACCAUGAACUCAAACUCCGCUCGGCCAGAUACGCACGCAGCCUGUCAGUGGAGAUGCUGAAGUGAACAUUUAUACCAAAACAUCUUUGGUCCUGCCUCAACAAACCAGUGGACCCGCUGAUCCCCCUGUGAUCAACUUUGUGCCUCGUUUCCUGCCUGAGCUGCACCUGAUUUUAUUUGGCCUGUCUAGUUCCUGCCUGUUGUGUUGAUGAUCUCCAAUCAUCGUCUUCAACCAGCAUGCUCUGCUCCCCGUCUCCUUAACAACACCACUUGGACAGAAGAACAGGAAUAAAUAAUUGAACACACACACAGGCGCAGUUAAUCCAGUUGCUGGUGCACGGCUUGGACUUGGGAGCAAAGAACCCAGAUUACAACAGCAUCCCAACGGACGCCUGGUGGGUCAUCAUCUCCAUGACUACAGUGGGGUACGGGGAUGUUUACCCUGUGACAAUUGGGGGACGGGUGCUCGGGCGGAUGUGUGUAGUGAGCAGCAUUGUUCUCUUGGCGCUGCCCAUCACGUUCAUCUACCACAGUUUUGUAGUGCUACCAUGAACUCAAACUCCGCUCGGCCAGUUACGCACGCAGCCUGUCAGUGGAGAUAGUGCAAUGAACAUUUAUACAACACAUCAGCGAGAAACUCAACAAACCCGCUGAUCCCCUUGUGAUCAAUUUGGUGCCUCGUUUCCUGCCUGAGCUGCACCUGAUUUUAUGUCCUGUUGCGUUGAUGAUCUCCAAUCAUCGUCUUCAACCAGCAUGCUCUGCUCCCCGCCUCCUUAACAACACCACUUGGACAGAAGGAACAGGAAUAAAUAAUCCAGUUUUGACGGCGGCUGCUGUUUACACUGUAUUCCCAUGGCUACAACAUUGGUAGAGACGACUGCUUUUUUUCCUGUACGUUGCAUCCAGUGCUGUGUGUUUGUUUGUCUGGCUUUUCACUUUGUCUAAGCUUUGCACCCAGAUGGCACAAGUUACACAAGAUCGAUGUGUGACCUACAUGCUUUCUGUCAAACCUGUGAAAUAUAGAAGUGAAGUGGGGAUGCACAAGGGGUGCACAGAGGGCUUAGUGUGAAGGAGUGGUUUUAAGCCAGGGAAAAUGAAAUAUGGAGAUGGGUCAGCGGACUAUAAGGUGGCAGACAAAUGAAGGUGUGACGGAUAUGACAGCGCAGAUGGAGCGUGAAAUGGUGGAUAAAAAGAUUCUGGGACGAGAGAUGACAGAAUGUGGAGCAAACCGUGAGCACAAAGAAUGAAUAGAAGGAGGCGAGAGUGCUUGCUUUCUCCAUUUGCGAGUGAAUGCGAGGCAUUUUGUGUUUCUGUGUCUCCAAGGCAACCCUCCAUCCUCCAACAUGUCAAUCAUAAUGGUUGAUUUUUGUGUGCACACAAAUAUAGGCCACAUCCACGCACACAACUCCUGGCUGGCACGCAGGCUUAGUGCGAUUAGAUGGGAAAAAUACAUCACAGGAUUCGUUGAAAUUUCCGGAAAAAAAAGAAAACGAGAGUGGAAAAAAACUCUGACAUUCAUGAUUCAGACAUGUUUGCACUGCCCGUCGUUUGCCAAGAUGAUAUGAUUUGUGGAAGAGACACAUGAUCCAAAACAAACAAGUCAACACCUCUCCCACACAACAGUCUUUCUCUGCAUCUCCUCUCCUCUUCCUCCUGUUGCCAUCAGCCGUCCUCGCUUUACACACACAUGCACACAUCAAGCUCUUCUGUUGCAAAAAUUAAAAAAUGAAUGAGUCUUAAUUAUCCGUCGGUCCUUGAAUUUAAAGUUUACAUUUGUUAUUUCCUCAUCAACUUUGCAGCCUUGUAUGAGUUUAGUACGUAUUGUAGACAGUACACAUCUCACUAUCGUUGUUGUGUUAUCAAUGUGCUUUUUAAGUAGUCACAAAAAUUAGAGAAUAUUUUACCACCUUGCCUACAACGCGUACUUUCCCAACAUAGCUCAUAGCCCAGUGGGUUUUGGCCAGGCCUGAAUGAAACCAUCAAUCAAAAACUUUUUCAUCAGUCGACUAUGAACUUAUAAUUAAUGUGAUUAAUGUAUGAGCUUUUAUAAUAAAAUGUCUCUGAGCAAAA